CUGGGCGAGGACAGGUCAGUCACACCUGGCGGGUGGCGUUCAAGGGCGCAGGUGAGACUUAUAUACCUGCGUCUUUACGCACGAUUCCGCCCCCGAGCCGUGCCAUUGGCUACUGAUGCCCACCGCCGCCUCUGGAAGAACCGGUUCCGAGUGAAAAUUCCAGUAUUUCAUGUUGACAUGUGUGCCUUUUUCUCUGGAACUGGAGGCUUGGCCCCGCCGGGAUUGGACGCGCGGAGUCUCGGGGGGGUUGAUGGGUGGUCCGCGUGGAACACCUUAAAAGCAGGUGAUCCGGAGCUGGAUUCACACCUCAGCAUCCAUCCAUCCAUCCAUCCAUCCACAAGAUGUCCAAAGACUACAGCAGCCAGUCCUACACCCCCGGAGGGUCGGGCCCGGCCAAGAGCUCCCCCCCCAAGGUGGACUCAUCGGGCAAAUCCAGAGAGAAGGACGACAUGGUGGGACUCAACAACAAGUUCGUCCAGCUCAUUGAUAAGGUGAAACAUUUGGAGGACGAGAAGAAGAAACUGGACACCAAGCUGAAGAUCCUGAAGGAGCAGGAGGACUACAAGGGCAAGGUGGAGGAGGUGGUGAAGCACGUGGAGAACGAGCUGGAGCAGCAGGUUGAGAGUUUGCUCCGUGACCAGGAGAAGCUGAAGGACGAGCUGCUGAAGAACCAGGAGGAGGUGGAGGACACCAAGAAGAGGUAUGAGGAUGAGCUGAUCAGGAAGGCCGAGCUGGAGAAUGAGUUUGUGAUCACCAAAAAGGAUGUGGAUGAAGGCCACCUGAAAGCCGUGGAUCUGGCUCUGGAGCUGGAGGAGCUGAUGGGAAAGCUGGACUUCCUCCGAGUUGGCUACGAUGAGGAGAUCAAGGAGCUGGAGUCACAGGUCCAGAAUGAGACGGUGGUCAUACGAGACCCCAGCAAACGGUCUCUGGACAUGGACGAGAUCAUCCAAGCUGUGAGGACUCAGUACGCCAACAUGGCGUCCCGCACCAGGGAGGAAGCGGAGCAGUGGAACCAGAGAAAAAUGGACGCGAUGGUCCUGACCGCCGGGCAGCGUGAGCAGGAGGUGCGCGACGUGAGGAGGGAGAUCUCGGAUCUGAUACGCCUCAUCCAGAGGAUCAACGGAGACCUGGACGCCCUCAGAAGGAAGGAAGAGUCCCUGAAGAAGGAAAUCGACGACGUCCGACAGGAGAGUGACGGAAACCUGGAGAGCGCGCGGGAGCACAUCGCCCAGCUGGAGGACGCGCUGAGGGGGGCCAAGCAGGACCUGGCCGGACAGAUCCGCGAUCACCAGGAGCUGCUGAACCUCAAGCUGGCCCUGGACAUCGAGAUCGCCACCUAUCGCAAGCUGCUGGAGGGCGAGGAGAGGAGAAUGGACGACCUCAUGCGCAACUCAGACGUUCGGCUGCCCUCCAAACAUCUCCCGCCAGUGAAGCCACGGGAACCCGCGGAACCCGCGGAACCCGCCGCCGCCCCUCCCGAGUCCCCCGCCGCCAAGAAGUGCCUGCUGAUCCGAGUGGAGGUGGAAGCGGGCCGAGUCGUGUCCGAAAGCUCCCACUAUACCGACUAACUCAAACCGCUAGGCGGUUACGUCCUCAAAAUGUGAAUCGCAAAAACUUGUUUUCAGUUAACUUGAAGUGUGAGACGUUCCCCAUGACACUAAACUUUGAUGUUUCCCUGGUCUCUUGGUGGAGUGGACCGUUUCAGGGCAGCUUGAUCGUUUCUCUUGAAUCGUGCAAGAGCUUGGUUUGUUUAAGACCACCAGUGUUUGCUUAUCUCUGUUUGUAUUAAAAAAAAAAAAAAAAAAGAGACUCUUGACGGUGUUUCCUCUUUUUUAAUUUCCUCCUUUCUUUCUUGCUGUUACUUCUCUUGAAGCAGACGGCAGAAAACGCAAAAAAAAAAAAAAAAAAAAAAAA